AUGGAAAAUCGAACUUUAGAACUUCUCACACACACUGCACACAAAAUGGCACUUACAAAGCUCAACUUUAUCACCGGAAACAAGAACAAGCUUCUUGAGGUCCGGGCUAUUCUCGGCAAUGUCAUCGAGGUAGACAACCAGGCAGUCGAGGUUCCCGAAAUCCAGGGAACAAUCGAAGAAAUUGCCAAAGAGAAGGCGAGACGCGCCGCCGAAGCAAUCAAUGGCCCGGCCUUGACUGAAGAUACCGCCCUUGAAUUCCAUGCGCUUAAAGGACUUCCUGGGCCAUACAUUAAAUCAUUCAUGGAAGCUCUCGGCCACGAAGGGUUGAACAAGAUGCUCGACGGAUUCGAAGAUAGAACCGCCGAAGCAGUGUGCACAUUCGCCUUCUGCCGUGGCCCUGGCGAAGAGCCCAUCAUUUUCCAAGGAAGGACCGAGGGAAGUAUCGUGCGGCCCCGAGGCCCAACUAACUUCGGUAAGUUAAAUGCUUCAACCCGACAUUGGGUAUCUAUAUCUAACAUCACAGGCUGGGACCCUAUCUUUGAGUAUGAUGGCAAGCAGACCUAUGCAGAGAUGGAUAAAGAAGCCAAGGUAAGAGGAAACCCGUUUGUACGAAACAAGCCAUAUACUAAAGGCGUGCAGAACAAGAUCUCGCACCGGUACAAGGCGCUGGUGAAGCUGCAGCAGUGGCUCGCGGAAGGCCAGUAG